AAACACUAACAUUAUGGCUGAAAAAGAGAUUAACUUUGUGACUUCUAAAGAAGUUAGUAGCUCUAAUGACAUUUAUAUCGAAUCAAAUAAUCAACCAACCGCUUCUGAAUUAAAAGGAUUCGCUAAAUUCAAAGAUGGCUUUAGACAGGCCAGAGUUGAAGACUUGGGUAUUGAUCCAAAUAUUUCAGACUCGGAGAAAAUUGCCAUAUUGACUGCAAAUUCUCCUUUAUCUCGUUCUCUUAAAAAUCGACACUUGCAAAUGAUUGCCAUUGGUGGUUCUAUAGGUACAGGUUUAUUUGUUGGUUCUGGUACUAACUUAAACACUGGUGGUCCAGCUGGUUUAUUAAUUGCCUACUGUUUAAUAGGUACUAUGAUUUACUGUACUGUUCAAUCCUUAGGUGAAUUAGCUGUUACUUUCCCUGUUUCUGGUGCUUUCGUUACUUACAAUUCUCGUUUCAUUGAUCCAUCUUGGGGUUUCGCUAUGGCUUGGAACUAUGCUAUGCAAUGGUUAAUUGUGUUACCUUUAGAAUUAGUUGCUGCAUCAUUAACAGUCAAAUAUUGGGAUUCAAAGACUAAUUCUGCAGUGUAUGUUACUGCGUUCUACAUCUUGAUUGUUUCUAUUAAUUUCUUUGGAGUCCGAGGCUAUGGUGAAGCGGAAUUUGUCUUUUCUUUGAUCAAAGUCUUGGCCAUUAUUGGAUUUAUCAUUUUAGGAAUUGUAUUAAUUUGUGGUGGUGGGCCAGUUGGAGGUUAUCUUGGUGCAAAAUACUGGUAUAUUGAAAAAGCACCUUUUCCUAAUGGUUUCAAGGGAGUCGUCAGUGUGUUCGUCGGUGCUGCCUUUGCUUUUGUUGGUACUGAAUUAUGUGGUUUAGCUGCUGCUGAAUCCGCCAACCCAAGAAAGAGUUUACCAAAAGCAUGCAAACAAGUUUUCUGGAGAAUCACCUUGUUUUAUGUUAUCUGCUUAACUUUAAUUGGUAUGUUGGUUCCAUACAAUAAUGAAAGAUUAUUAGGUGCGUCUUCAGUCGAUGCUACUGCUUCACCAUUCGUCAUUGCUAUUCAAAAUGGUGGUAUCAAGGGUUUACCUUCAGUAAUGAAUUUUGUUAUUAUGAUUGCUGUCUUAUCUGUUGGUAACUCUUCUGUAUUUGGUUCAUCUCGUACUUUAGCUGCAUUAGCUGCUACCAAUCAAGCCCCAAAGAUUUUGGGAUACAUUGAUAAACGAGGACGCCCGCUAGCUGGGAUCGUAUUACAAAUGAUUAUUGGAUUAUUAUGUUACCUCGCAGCAUCUCCCAAAGAAGAAGAAAUAUUCACUUGGUUAUUGGCCCUUUCUGGAUUAUCAUCGCUAUUCACCUGGGGCUCAAUCAACUUUUCCCUUAUUCGAUUCCGGAGAGCGCUUGCUGUUAAAGGAAGAGACACUGGUGAAUUAGCAUUUACUUCCCAACCUGGUAUAUAUGGUGCUUAUUGGGGUCUUGGUCUUAAUAUUGCCAUUAUCUGUUUACAGUUCUGGAUUGCUGUAUGGCCAUUGGGAAAAUCCCCCAAAGCUGUGGUGUUUUUCAAGAAUUUCCUAACUGUUCCUGUUAUAUUACUGUUUUACCUUGGUCAUAAAAUAUAUACUAAGAAUUGGAAAUUCUUUAUUAGAGCCAAGGAUAUUGAUGUUGAUACUGGUAGAAGAGAAAUGGAUUUGGAUUUGGUUAGACAAGAAGUUGCUGAAGAAAAAGCAUACAUUGCUUCAUUACCUUUCUACAUGAGAGUCUAUCAUUUCUGGUGUUAGACUAUUUAGCUGGCACCAUUUCGAUUUUAUUUUGAUAAGCUUUAAUUUAGUUCUAUAGUAGUACUGAUUUGAUUUUGGUAUCUAUUCAAUUAGUCCGAAUUGUAUUACGUUAUGAUCACCACUUAUGACUCUGGACUACACAUCUUUCAGAACGACUCGAUGGUAUAAUCCCUCUUAGUUUGUUGGAAAUGCAAAUAUGUUCCAUAUUAGGAAUUUCUUUUUUUUAUCCGAAGCGCCUUUCAUAUAGCUUCUAAAAUUGCCGUUGAUUGCCGAGAAAACUAAAUGUAACAGUAAAAGCGUCGCCUAUCAUAACCUAAUGCCGUUCACUCAUAAGGGUAAAGAGAAAACUAUAAAAGUAGGACUG